AUGUCUCAAGUGUACGAAUGGGAACCGGGAACCCCGUACGGCGCGGGCACCGUCGUCGUGUAUCAAGGGGUCACGUACACGAUCAUACAGCCGCACACUUCAGAGCCUGGAUGGGAGCCACCCAACACUCCGGCGCUCUGGGGUCGCAUGGAGGAGCCGGUCGGUGGCUACCAGCAACAGCAGCAGGGUGGGUAUAACCCGGGCUACAUCCAGCCUCAGUCCCAGCCUCAGUACCAAUCGCCGCCUCCGCCGCAAGGCGGAUAUGGUGGCGACGAGAAGGCCUGGGAUCAACAUCAAGACCAGCAGGUUGAGAUCCAUCAUGAAGAGCGCAAGAAGAACUGGUAUGACCUCGACGACCACCGCAAGAAGCAGCUCGAGAUCGGAGGCGGUCUUGUCGCUGGUCUUGCUGCCAUCGGCGCUGGCUAUUAUGCCUACCACGAGCACAACAAGAACGAAGAUGAGAAAAAGGCGUUGGUCUGGGGCCUGCAGAAUUGGCUUCAGGAAGCCGAGGCCCGCAAGCGCGACUUCUACGAACGCGGUCCUUCCGGACCCGCCACGUGGAUCCUCUCUGAGGGAGGUCAGGUCCCCCAGAACGCACUCCCGGCCGGUCAGCAAAACGGCGAAACUUUGUACGUCUGCCGCGGCUUCUACGAGGGCGGUCUCCAGAUUGGCAAGGUAUCGCCUGCCUUCCCCAAGGGCGCGGUGGUCGGAUACGGCUUCAAGGAAGUUUCGCUCCCGAAGUACGAAGUCCUCGUCGGGGAUCCCCGCGCGCUCCGCUGGAUCGAUGCGCGUGGCCGCCUGAACGUGCAGAGCCUCGGCGCGCAGCCCGUGGAGGGCGGUCGCGAGAAGGACGGCACGCCACUCUUCGUCGCGAGAGUGCAGCACGGCGAGCACGUCAUCCCAGGCAAGGUCAGCGAGAAGCUUGACGCUGCACUUGUUCCGGUUGGGAACACGGAGGUUACCCAGCCUGAAUACCGUGUUUUGUGCUACGCUUGA